AUGAACAACAUUACGCAUGUACGCGUGCUCUUAACAUGUUUAUGCCAGGGUUCAUCAGAUAAGAUUGUUGGAGCAUCAGCCUGUGGAGCAGCAGCCUUCAUCUUUAUUUAUUACUCAACUUGGGCCUUGAUCACUCCUUUUUUAGAAGAAACUAACCCACUUCAAGAUUACUUUCCUCCUCACGAGUAUUCCAUAUAUCUGCCUGCUGCCGUCUUAGUUGCUGGCGUCUCGGUCAUUACCGCAUUCUUUUUAAAGGCAACUUCCAAGAGUAAAGGCUCACAAAAGACAAAAUAA